UUUCGCUUUCUCUCCUCUUUUUCUCCGCUUUUUUAUUAUUAUUAUUUAGUCCAUCUCUAAAGAAUGAAGGAAGCAAGCCCAUUAAGACAACAAGUGUCGGGGUCUGUGUAUUCCUCCACAAGAGAUUUAGAUGUUGUAUUUGAAGAAACAGAACAAACAGUGUAUCAUCAGUUUCAAAGACCUAAAGUUUCAGAGCUUCCUUCCUCUCGUCGUCCUCGUGCAGGCACUAUGCCUUCUUUUAUCCAGACUGAAGUCAAUAACCGACCUUCUUCAAGUGCAGCCUUAUUAUUAACCAUCGAAUCUGGUAGACAUCGUUCGGGCUCACUCAACUUACCUCAACCUUCUCCUUCCUCUUCCUUUUGGAACUUGAGACAUGAUGCUCCCCUUUCUCCUUCUUCCGAACAACUCUUACAAAACGAUAGUGAUUUCUCAAUUGCUCGUACUAUGCGUUCUUUGGGCUUACAAGAAGAAGAAGAGGAGGAAGAAAAGGAACAUCAGAAUAGCUUAUUUCAUCAUCAAUCGCCUCCCGAAUUUCACAUGCCAAGUCGAUCUCUUUUAUCAGGUACAAAUCGAAAUCGAUCUUAUUCCGUCAAUGCUACAGCCAUUUAUGAAAAUAAUGAAAGAUUAAACUCCAAUAAUACACCUUUACCUUUUGCAAGUCCGUUGGAAGGAUUUACGAGACAACAACAAAAUAGACCUCGUGCAUCUAGUAUGGGACGUGCGGAUGCAGGUAGACUACCCCCACCACAAAUAGGUUUAUGGACUCAACCUAUUCAACAAAGAUCUUCUCCCCUUGUUUCUAUGAGAGAAGAAGAUGCCUUGUCUUUGGGGGAUUCGGAAUUAUUAGCCAAUAUAUAUGAACCUACCACCACAACCACAAUCACCACAACCACCAAUAAUACUGCAGAGAAACCUUACUUAAACUAUAGUCAAUCCACACCCACCUUUCGUGAAAAUUCUUCACAAUUAUCCACACGCUCACUUUGGGUGGGCAAUAUCGAUCAUACAAUCACCGUUGAGCUUUUAACUCUUGUAUUUUCUGCUUUUGGGUCUAUCGAAAGUGUCCGUCUACUUGUCGAAAAGGAGUGUGGCUUUGUCAAUUUUUAUCAGGUCGAAGAUGCCGUACGAGCCAAAGAGGAAGUCUUGACUCGCAUGGGAGGAAGAAUUGGUGCUUGUAUAGUUCGCAUUGGCUUUGGAAAAGCAGAUGCUGCUGCUGUCACCGAGACCAACGUAUUACAACCUACCCGAGCAUUAUGGCUAGGAAAUAUACCAGGAAAUACAACACCCACUUCCUUACAAAACUUAUUUCAGAAAUACGGUAAUAUCGAAUCCGUACGUGUCUUGUCUCAUAAAAACUGCGGCUUCAUCAAUUUUGAAUCUACCGACAGUGCCAUUGCCGCAAGAGAUGCUUUGUUACAAAACGAAAUUGCUGCUCAAGGAUUUACCAGCGCUCGUGUAGGCUUUGCUAAAAUACCCCCUCCUCCUCCACUUGUCACCAACAAUAAGAAUUCUACCUCAUCUUCUUCAUCAUCAUCUUCUGUUGUUAAUGAAGAAACCACCGCCACCGAUACCACUAGUCUUUGGCAAAACGAUCUUGUUCAAAUCAUGACUCAGUUUAAUGUUCCCAAGGAUAUAUGUCUCUCUUAUGUCAAAGACCUCAAAGUUUCAUCUGUCUAUUUUGAUUCUAUACGGGCAGUUCCUGAGCUGAGUGCCAAUCGGCAAUUCGAUGCUGCACGUCUUCGUGAUAUGCGUAAAAGAGCAGAUAGUGCAAGUAAAGGAAACGAGGAAGCUGAAGCAAUUGCACAAGAAUGUAUGCAAGAUAUUGCAGAAAUUAGUAGUGAUUACAUUGGUAACACAGUUGUUCAACGGUUAUUUGAAAAAUGCUCUGAAGAUACAAAGACGCAAAUGUUGGAGAAAAUUGGCCCUCAUUUGGCAGCCAUCAGUAUCCACAAGAAUGGAACGUGGGCCACACAAAAAAUGAUUGAUCUUGCAAAGACUCCGGAACAAGUCAACCUGAUCAGUCAAUACCUCAAACCUUAUAUUCCUCCUCUCUUAUUGGACCAAUUUGGAAAUUACGCUGUCCAAUGCUGUCUUCGUUUGGGUCAACAAACCCAAUUUAUUUUUGAUGCCAUGGUAGAAAAAGUCAUGAUCAUCUCACAAGGUCGUUUUGGUGCUAGAUCUAUGCGAGGUAUCCUCGAAAGUGAAUUCAUCAGUGACAAUCAACAACGAUUUGUGGCUUCUUCUCUAUGUCAAAACGCACUAGCUUUGGCCACAAACGCCAAUGGUGCGUUACUUCUAUCCUGGUUGAUAGAGUCCACACAGAUAGAUGGUCGUAUGCAUGUCUUGGCUACUCGAUUGGCUCCUCAUUUGGCUCAAUUAUGUGUUCAUAAAUUGGGCUCUCAAAUCAUUUAUAAAUUAAUCAAUCAGACGGUGGAUGAAGAUGCACAAACUCUGCUAUUGGAGGCCUUAUCGCAGGAAUCCGUUUUAUCAGAGGUUUUGGCAGAUCAAGUACGUGGUUUGGUCUUUAUCCAAAAGGUCUUGACUUUACUUUCUUCUCUUCAAAAGCAUCAACUCUCUCAUCAGGUUUGCAAAGAGCUUGAAAAAUUCGAUAGUCCUAGUCAUAGAAAACUCUCUGAUCUGUUGUUAGAAAGCGAAUCAUAAAAUAAUGAUGAUACCCAUUUAAAAAAAAAAAAACUAUUUGCUUUCCUUGACGGAAACAUUAUCAAAAUAAAAUCACAUACACUCACUCACUCUCUCACAC